CCCAAGGCCCUCAGCCGGGGACGGCGGGCGCGCCCCAAAUCCCCAGUGCCGGUCCCAAACCCCUCAGCCUGGGGGGACCCCUCAGCCCUCACCACAGAGACCCGGUUUCCCCACCGCGAGAGCCGCUCAGCCUGGAAACAACCCUGCGGCUUCCCAGGCCUCAGGAACCCCUCAUGAGGGACCCCAAAACUCCUCGGCCCGAGACCCCAAACCUCGGCCUGAGAGACCCCAACCUCCGCCGCCUGUGGGGAAGUCCCUCCCUCUGACCGGCGGGGCCUGGACGGUCCACAGGGUCGCACCCGCCCCCCGUCCAGCCCCGCGACCUCGGGCGCCCCGCGUCUUCCCUGCACCACGAAGCGCCAGGGGGCAGGAGGGACGCGGCCUGCGAAGCGCCCGCCAGCCCCGGGGCUGCCCGCUGGUCCGCCCGCCCCGGCGCCGCCGCCCCGAGACGGGCCUGGCUCAGCGCCUUCUCUCCCGCAGGAGCCCUGGACGCAGACGGGAGUUGUGCGGGGCCCCGACCAUGAGCGCCGCGGCUCCCGCGGAGCCGAGCCCGGGGGCAGACGCAGGCCAGGCGCGGGGGAAGCCGGAGGUCCAAGAUGCCUUCCGGGAUAUUUCCAUCUACUUCUCCAAGGAAGAGUGGGCAGAGAUGGGCGAGUGGGAGAAGAGCCGCUACCGGAACGUGAAGAGGAACUACUGCGCGCUGGUAGCCAUAGGUCUCAGAGCCCCGCGACCGGCUUUCAUGUGUCACCGAAGGCUCGCAGUCAGAGCCCGGGCGGAUGACACUGAGGACUCCGACGAAGAAUGGACGCCUAGGCAGCAAGUCAAACCUCCUUGGAUGGCCUUCAGAACGGAACACAGCAAACACCAGAAGGGGAUGCCCAGGUUGCCUGUAAAUAAUGAAUCUAGUUUGAAGGAAUUGUCAGGAAUAGCAAAUUUGCUGAACACAACUGGCUCAGAGGAGGACCAGAAACCAUCGUUCCCUCCUAAAGAAACGAGGACGUCUGGACAGCACUCCACACGAAAAUUGGGACUUAGAAGGAAGAAUAUUGAAGUGAAGAUGUACAGCUUUCGAAAAAGAAAGAGUCAGGCAUACAAAGAGUGCAGUGAGCCUCAGGAUGACGAUUACCUCUAUUGUGAGAAGUGUCAGAACUUCUUCCUAGACAGCUGUGCUGUUCACGGACCACCCAUAUUUGUAAAGGACAGUGCAGUGGACAAGGGGCAUCCCAAUCGCUCAGUCCUCAGCCUGCCCCCUGGGCUAAGAAUUGGACCAUCAGGCAUCCCUGAGGCUGGGCUUGGAGUAUGGAACGAGGCAUCAGAUCUGCCACUGGGUCUGCACUUUGGUCCCUACGAGGGCCAGAUCACAGAAGAGGAGGAGGCAGCCAACAGCGGGUACUCCUGGCUGAUCACCAAGGGGAGAAACUGCUAUGAGUAUGUGGAUGGAAAGGAUAGAUCUUGGGCCAACUGGAUGAGGUAUGUGAACUGUGCCCGGAAUGACGAGGAGCAGAACCUGGUGGCCUUUCAGUACCACAAGCAGAUAUUCUACCGCACCUGCCAGGUCAUCAAGCCUGGCUGUGAGCUGCUGGUCUGGUAUGGGGACGAAUAUGGCCAGGAGCUGGGGAUCAAGUGGGGCAGCAAGUGGAAGGAAGAGCUCACAGCAGGGAGAGAGCCAAAGCCAGAAAUCCAUCCCUGUCCCUCGUGCUCUCUGGCCUUCUCCAGUCACAAGUUCCUCAGUCAACACAUGGAGUGCAGUCACUCCUCUCAGAUCUUCCCAGGAGCACCUGCAAGAAAUCACCUGCAACCAGCGAAUCCCUGUCCAGGGAAAGAGCAUCAGAAGCUGUCUGAUCCACAGAGCUGGAAUGACAAAAACGAAGGUCAAGAUGUCAAAGAAAAGUCCAGAUUCUCGUCCAAAAGGACAAGGCAGAAGGCGAUCUCAAGGUCUUUUUCCAGCCUUCCCAAAGGACAAGUGGAGACCUCAAGGGAGGGUGAGAGAAUGAUAGAGGAAGAGCCUAGAAUAGGCCAAGAACUGAAUCCAGAGGACACAGGCAAAUCAUCUGUGGGGGCAGGGCUGUCACGAAUUGCAGGAGUCAAGUAUAGAGAUUGUAGGCAAGGCCUCAGUGACAAGUCACACCUCAUUAAUGGCCAGAGAGCACACACAGGGGAGAAGCCCUAUGCUUGCAGGGAGUGUGGGCAAAGCUUCACAGUGAAGUCAAACCUCAUCAGUCACCAGAGGACACACACAGGGGAGAAGCCCUAUGCUUGCAGGGAGUGUGGGCGAGGCUUCACGCAGAAGUCACACCUCAUCAGGCACCAGAGGACACACACAGGGGAGAAGCCCUAUGCUUGCAGGGAGUGUGGGCAAAGCUUCACGUGGAAGUCAAACCUCAUCAGUCACCAGAGGACACACACAGGGGAGAAGCCCUAUGCUUGCAGGGUGGAUGAGUAAAUCAGGGGGAAAAAAUCACAUUUCAGCAACUACGGGGGACAAGUGUGGCCACCACACACCUCCACACUGCAGCUCAGAGAGGUCUUCCAAAGUCUGCUGACUCCUUACCUUCCUCAAUAGUGCAGAGAUCAGAAAUAACUGAUUCAACAUCCCUCCACUUUUAUGAGAUGAGUUAGAAAAACAGGAGAGUUGCCUGAGUGUUCAUGGGCUGUUGACUUGUGUUUGUUUCCCACACCGAUCCCGUUUUGCUUUAUUUGUUUCUUUAUUUCUUGGUCUCUUCUAAUAAAUUUUGUCUCCAUGCAAAUCUGAAGCCCAAGCACAUGCCUUAUUCUGCUCUUACUAAGGACAAGAGUUCCAGCUCAGGUCUCUACAGGAAUUUAGCCCUGAAAAGCUGUGAGCCUGCAGUCACUCUGGCUAAAUUACUGGAGGAUCAGCUC